GAGAGAGACAGCCUCUUAGAGCCGUGAGGCAGAAGUGAUGGACUCAGCCCUCGGAAAAGUGACAGUCUUCUCCCAACCGGCCACGGGCAGCACACAUCCUGCCCCGGACUCUCACCGUUUGGCAGGAAAGUAAGCUCCAACAUCCGUCUGAAGGUACCCAUUGUCUUUUUCUCAGAGUGCACACUUUUCAAGAGGAUCUCUGAACUGUUUACUCAAUGUUUGCCAAAGAGGGUCUGGGAGGUUGGGCAACUGUUGAGCAAGUGACAGCCUUUUAACCACAAAGUUCUCCACUGCUUGGAAUGGACUGAGGUGAGCGUUUCAGAGUAAGACUGGACGAGGAGAGAGAAGAUACACGGGUGAAACUUUCUGACUUGGGAUGAAUUCCUACCAAGGCGAUCUCCAAAGAGGUCUGGCAGAAGGGCAAAGCCACUGAGAACCUCCUCAACACUGUGCAGUUGUCUUGUUUUGGUGAAUUGGACAAUAACACAUGGAGCCCCCUUCAAUGGUCCUGCUGGGGGUCGUUCUGGUUUAUGGACUAAGUUGGGGCGUCCAGCAGACACAGGCAAGUCUGUCGGACAAUAGCCAAGGCAAGCAUAAGACCCAGGAAUUUGGGAGCAGUGAGGAUGAUUUGGAAGGAGAGUUUUUGUAUGCUGGGAGGAGCAAACGUGCUCCAGCUGAACAGCCACAGGACAAGUGUUCCUACACUUUUAUCGUGCCUCAACAAAAGGUGACUGGAGCCAUCUGCGUGAACUCCAAGGAGCCCGAGGCCAUGCUGGAGAAUCGGGUCCACAAGCAAGAGCUGGAGCUGCUGAACGUGGAGCUCCAGAAACAGAAAAGGCAGAUCGAAACCCUUCAGCAGCUGGUGGAGGUAGACGGAGGUAUCGUCAACGAGGUCAAGCUUCUGCGGAAGGAAAGUAGAAAUAUGAACUCCAGAGUGACUCAGCUGUACAUGCAGCUCCUCCAUGAGAUCAUCAGGAAGAGAGACAAUGCUCUGGAAUUAGCCCAAAUGGAGAACCGGAUCCUGAACCAAACCUCAGAGAUGCAGCAGCUCACCAGUCGAUACAAAGACCUCGAGCACAAGUACCAGCACUUGGCUUCCCUAGCCACAAACCAGUCAGCCAUAAUUGCCAUGCUGGAGGAGCAGUGCCAGAGCCGACACCCUCCCCGUUACGUUCCCGCCUCGCAGCCACGACCUCAACCUCCUCCGCCACCAUCUCCACCUCUCAACAAGCCUUACCAGCCACCUUACCAGCCACCUCUCCUUCCACGCAUAAACAACCCAAUCAGCAAUGAGAUCCAGAGCGACCAAAAGUCUCUUCCGCCCCUUCCUACAAUGCCCGUUGGUACACACAGCCCAUCUACCACUGACAAACCGUCUGGUCCGUUCAGAGACUGCCUGCAGGCGCUCGAGGACGGCCACACCUCCAGCGGCAUGUACCUGGUGAAGCCAGAAAACGCCAACCGCCUCAUGCAGGUGUGGUGCGACCAGAGACAGGACCCGGGCGGCUGGACGGUCAUCCAGAGAAGGCUGGACGGCGCCGUCAACUUCUUCAGGAACUGGGAGACGUACAAGCAAGGAUUUGGCAACAUAGACGGCGAGUACUGGCUCGGUCUGGAAAACAUCUACUGGCUGACGAACCAGGGAACCUACAAGCUGCUCAUCACGCUGGAGGACUGGUCUGGGAGGAAAGUGUUUGCAGAGUACGCCAGCUUCAGAGUGGAGCCGGAAGCUGACUACUACAGGCUCAGAGUGGGCCGGUAUCACGGAAACGCCGGGGACUCCCUCACCUGGCACAACGGCAAACAGUUCACGACGCUGGACAGAGACCACGAUGCGUACACAGGAAAUUGCGCUCACUAUCAGAAGGGAGGGUGGUGGUACAACUCUUGCGCACAUUCAAAUCUGAACGGCGUUUGGUACAGAGGAGGACACUACCGCAGCCGCUACCAAGAUGGAGUCUACUGGGCAGAGUUCAGGGGAGGAGCCUACUCACUGAAGAAAGUAGUCAUGAUGAUCCGUCCGAACCCGAACACCUUCCAUUAGGGACACACGUGGAGUGGUGUUGUUUUCCAUCACACGAAACUCCCUGGCAUCAUUUCCACCAGACCAAGACAGCUCUCAAAAAAAAAAAAAAAAAUAAAAAAAAAAAAAAAAACAAAACAUGAUCCUGAAAGUGCAAUAUUGAAACAUCAGGGUGAUGCUGGUCUCCCCACCAAAUUAAUAAUAUGUUUAAUAAUAAUAUGUUUUUUUGUAGCUGUUUAUUUUUAUUUUAUUUUUUUCUUGUUUUGUUUUUCUGUUUCUGCUUCUCUUUUCACUACGGGAUAUUUAAAGAGUGCGCAUUGCUCCAGAGUUGUUUUAGCUCCACUUUGGCAGACAGGGGGUGUCGGUAGCUGUGCUUUUAUUCGGUCUGAGUAGCUCUGCAUUAAUAUCUAUCUUAACAAGCGAAGGAGGUCGACACAGGAAAUGUAUCCAGUGAUUGUUCUUUAAUUUCAUGCUAAUUAUGUAUUUUACUUCAAGCUGUGUAGUUUCCAGUAACACUAAAACAAUUAACUUGCAACAAAGACUCCUAUGUUGUGGCACAUAUUUUACAGUGCACACUACAAGAUAUUUGUAACCUUCUUUUCUUGUCUUCUUUUUUUUUGUUUAA